AUGUUGUCUAGACUGUUGCUUCUCGCCAGCUUACUGACCUACGUUUCAGCCACUGCGCUCACCUUCGCAUUGCAGCCAAAUGAAAAGGCUUGUUUCUACAUCUUCAACCAGAAACAAAAGGCCAAUAUUGGCUACUAUUUCGCCGUCCAGGCCGGAGGUUCGUUCGACGUCGACUACACAAUCAAGGCCCCUGGUGGAAGGGUGAUUGCCCAGGAACAGAAACAAAGACAGGGCGACUACAUUUUCACAGCCGACGCCAUCGGAGAAUACGAAUUCUGCUUCUCGAACGAAAUGUCCACGUUUGCUGAAAAAGUUGUUGAUUUCGAAAUCAGGGACGACGACGACUUCAGGGCCUCGCUUCCAAACGCGCCAGCUGAAAAUACUGCCGUUGAGGGAAUGCAGUCGUCUGUUCUCAGAAUCGAGUCGAAGCUCGGCCAGCUGUCCAACACUCUCCAAUACUACAAGACCAGAAACAACAGAAACCAGUCGACCGUGAAGUCCACCGAGAGCCGCAUCUUCUGGUUCUCCAUUUUCGACGUGGUUCUCAUGUGCAGUAUGGCCGCAUUCCAAGUGCUCGUUGUCAAGUUCUUCUUCCAAGGCUCGAGAAAACAGUUGGUGUAA